GCCGCUCUGCCUCUAAAUUAGGAGCUUGAGUGUAUAGAGCAGUGGAGACUCAGACACACUCAAGCGUGGUCCACAGAGCGCUGACACACACUGACUGACGCUGUGAGGACACUGAGAUUGACUGACCAGGCUGUGUCUGUGCGAACAGUUCUUCGAUGGCUGCUGCUGCCCGCUCUGCUACUGUUCCGGAAGGGUUUCAUUAUGAAACAAAGUACGUCGUUCUCAAUUACCUGGGCCUCCUUGCACAGGACAGGCCGCAGGGGCAGCAGGGUGCUGCAGUAGAAGGGACACAGGGAGAGACUCCCCAGGAGAAGGAGGUUGCUGCAAAAGUGAAAGCUGAGAUUGAAGAGGAGCUCAAGCUGCUUGAAGAGGAGAUUUCGAAAGCCUUCACGAGCACAGGAUUUGACUGCCACACGUCUCCAGUCUUCAGCCCUGCGAACCCGGAGAGCUCAAUAGAGGACUGCAUGGCACACCUGGGGGACAGAGUAUCUCUGGAGCUGUCAACGCAUUUACACACCGCCAUUCAGAGCCUGCUCAGCUCACCCCUGAACUACAAACACUACAAAGAAGCAGUUCAGCAAGUCGCAUCUCAUUCUCGCGGAUGGAGUACGGUGUUGGUGCCUCUGGUGCUCUUGCAGUGGCUGCUGAAAGAGCGGAUGAGGCAGGGCCAGCAGUCCCUCGGCCCCCUGCUGCAGUUCGGAGUCCAGUAUCUGGAGGAGGCUGCAGCCGAUUACAUCAUCCAGCAGGGCGGCUGGGGUACAGUUUUCAGCCUGGAAGAAGAGGAGGACCAAGGGAUCAUUGCUGAGGACAGCAACGACAUCUACAUCCUGACCAGCGACAAAUCUGGCCAGGUGAGCUCUCCCGAGUCGCUCGCUGUCCUGAGCUCCUGGCGGUCUGACAGCCUGCCCGUGUCCCUUUCAGUGAGCCAGAGCUGGCAGACAGAGAGCCUGCCAGUAUCCCUUGGACCAGAGUCCUGGGCGCAGGUCACCAUGGACCCAGAAGACCUCAAGAGCCUGGACAGCAACGAGGGAGGGGAGGAGAGAAGCGAGAAUAACUCCUCCAACUCUGACUUGGUUCACGUGGAGAAGGAGGAGAUUGCAGAGGACGAAGGGGCCAUAUCGAUGGCGGAAGUGCUGGAAAUCCAGGAGGCCCAAGAGGCCGUUUUGAGGACUGAACUUGAAGAGGAGCCACCAGUGACCCUGCCAGCAGCUCUGGAAUCCACCGCUCUGACUGAGCAGACUGAUCUGUCACCACCGGCUGCUGCUGCUACCGCCGUCAUCCCUCAAGAGGAGAAGCCAAGCAGUGUGGCUGAGCCUGCACCGGUACAGCAACCUGCAACAGCUGAAACUGCAGCGACAAUAGCAGAAGAACCACCAAACCGUCCUGUAAUCGUGGAACCUGUACCGGAGCCAGCCAAACCUGCUGUGCAGGCAGAGGAGCUGGUAAUAAAAAAGGUGGUGAAAGAUAUCUUGAGAGAGAGCCCAAUAGAGGUGCCUGAAUCCACGAAGGAAGCAGAGAAGGUGCCCUUGGCUCCAGAGGAGAAGGUAGAAACUCUGCCACCAGAAGGGGAGAAGGACAUCUCUUUGGCAGACGACAAUUCAUUCCUGUACUACGGGGUUACGGCUGCUGCAGUGGCGGCGCUGGUUGUUGCUGUAGCGCUGGUUUUGAGGAAAAAAUAGUUUAGGACUGCUAAACCACCACGUGCUGUGCACCAUUUCUAGGCUUGAAUUCGAAAAAAGGUCUAGAGGACGAAUCGCUAAUUCUGCUAUAUACAGGCUGCCUUUUUUUAGAUUUAUUUUUCCCCUUUAUGUUUUGGUAAAUCAGUAGUAGUAUGUUAUUGCUACCAAUUCAUAUGUUGGAUUUGAAUUAAGGGUGUUUUUAUUUUUAUUUUCCCUAAUUUGCUUCUCGGAUGCCAGGAUUCAAUAGUGCAGCAAUGCAUUGCUUAUGAUAUGACAUUUUUUGCUUUUAUUAUAAUUCUAAAGCAUUUUUAACAGGGUAUUCAAGCCCUGUUGGCUUGAGGGAAUGGCGUUAAGGGAAGUUUCGGGAGGGGGCACAUUUGACUGAGACAUUGGGUUCAGUCACCCUGCCCUGUUUUUCAACAAGCACUGUUGUUAAUGUCAAUGGUAAAAGUGUAAAUAAGUCCAGUACAGUGAAGAAGGCACUAGUCAGAACGUUCUUCUGCUUGACUUCUUAUAGUUUUACCUUAGAAUUGUGAGAAAUGAAAAAAAACAAACAAAAAAAACCCAAAAGAUAACCCAAAUCCUUAAAGGAGCCCUCCAGUUAACAUCAGAUAUCAGAUUUUAAAUGCAUGUUUACAGUGACAUGAAUUUCUUCCAAAACUGCACAUUGGAGAGCUGUAUACAUUGUAUAUUUUGAAGUCCAGUGGAUAGAAUAAACCUGAGAUGCCACCAAACUUGCCUCAGUGCAAUGUGAUGUAAUGUUGCAUGGAGGUCAAGGCAAAAUAUACUACUGUUACCUUGUAGUAGUGAAAUUGCUAAUGCACUUGACUUACAAUAUCUCAUUCAUCCAAAAGUCUGAAUGAUCUGUUACUCACUUCCAAACUCUAAACGCCACUACAGGCUUCUUUCCUUCUCUUCUUGUGUGGCUGUGGAAUCUAAGGCAUUACCUCCCUUAAGUGUUCCUUUUGCUUGGAGGGUCAGGGCUCUUAGAGUUUAAGACUUGCAAUAAGAUUGGAUCCUAGUUCUUCUCUUAUGACCCCUCCCCUGCAUUACACUGUUUUUUCCAGCUAAAGCUUUACCUG